AUGGAGAUUUUGGACUUGGCUGAUGAAGUGUCAACUGAGAAUGAUCCAAUGAGGGAAAGUUGGAUCAUGACAAGAAUAUCGAGUGUGCUACCGCCAAAAUUGGCGCAUUUCAGAACAUCCUGGAACAAUGUGACCGGACCAACAAAGAACAUCGAACGUCAGAGACUUGAGGACGAGCAACUUAAGGAAAUGGCGACAAAUGCAGAGGGUAGCAUCAACAACGCUCUCAUGGCAAGACGUGAGAAACAGGGACAGUCGUCAAACAGCAAGCAGGAUAAGUCAGCGCUAGCAUGUUACAAAUGUGGAAAGAAAGGUCACGUGAUCAAGGAGUGCAGAGGAAAACCGUGUCAGAAAUACAUUGAGUAUUGCAAGAAAAAACACUCAUGCAACAUUUGCAAGAAGAAAGGACACUUUGCAAAGGAUUGUGAAUCCCGAGAAGAAGCAAAUAAGUCAGGAAAUGGGAAACAAAAAAGGACUGUAACACCUGACGAAACUGAUUCAAGCAUAUCAACUCAAAAUGAUUCUGAAAGUCGCCCCGAAAGCCAACAAAUAUCACAUAGUCACCUCUACCAAUCAAUACCUUCCCCAUCCACAUCCACAUCUACCGCGAUUCGAAGGGGAAAGAAAAGGCUAAAUGAGGUCGAUCCAGAAAUAUUAAAAGCUAUCCAGGCAAAUCUCGCUGAAUUGGAAUCUGAAUUAAUUGACGAUGACCUUGCAUUUAUGAUAUCCCUCCUGCCAUCCGUCAAAGAAUUGAACGACGAUGAUAAGUUUGACUUUAGAAUCGAAGUUAUGCAAUUGCUUCGCAGAUUUAAAAACCGCAGACGUUUGUCGUGGUCGAUCACUGCUACACCUAGCGAUCAUGGUAGCUUCCACCAACUGAUUUCACCCCAGCAUGAAAUCCAGCAGUUCACACCCCAGCAAGAAAUCCAACUGAUUUCACCCCAGCAUGAAACCCAGCAGUUUACACCUCAGCAACAAAUACAAUCUAUUGAAGAAUUAUUUUCCCAAGAUUUUUCUUAA